UAUAUAAGUCACAUCUACGUGUGCGCAUUAGUUCGACAUGUUGACAUUGUCGAGAUGUGAAAGAUUGCCACGUUGGAACUGCGUUUAUGUGAAAUUUGACGAAGUACAGCGUUAUUUAACGUUUAUGGGUAACAAAUGCUGGACAAUAUUUGUUGAGAUCUAGCGUCAUGACGACGCCAUCUGUUCGCGUGUUUCAUAAACUAGAGGGAUUGUUUUCCAUUUACAAACCCCCCGGUGUCCACUGGAAACUCGUCCGGGAUACCGUCAAGACAAACCUGCUCAAAGGGAUAAAUGCUGCCCCUCCUCCAGCCCCUCGUCAGCGGGUCCAGUUCCUGGCUGAGCCCACCGGUGUUGUGGCUGAGGGUUCCAAUGAGCUCACCCUGUCUGUAGCCUCUGUCCCAACUCUGGCUCAUCACCCUCUGGUGAGUGGACCUGAGUUCCAGCACAUAGGAGUAGGAGUGGGACAUCGCCUGGACGUAUUUUCCUCUGGAGUUCUAGUUCUUGGUGUUGGCCAGGCAAACAAGGCUCUGACUGAUCUCUACAGAUCUCAUGUCACUAGAGAUUAUACAUUGGAAGGUGAAUUGGGGAUGGCCACAGAUAAUUUCUCUCACACAGGCCGCCUCAUAGAGAGGACCACAUAUGAUCACAUCACACGGGACAAGCUGGAGAGAGUCCUGGCCAUGAUGCAAGGAUCCAAUCAGAAGGCCCUGCUCACGUACUCUAAGGUGGACAUGAGCACCCAGGAGGCCUAUGAGCUGGCUGUGAAGGGGGAACUGCAUCCCGACGGGAAGUCUCCCCCUAUUAUGACAGGCCUGCGUUUAUUACACUUCCAACCACCCCAUUUUACCUUGGAGGUGCAGUGUUUGAAUGAAACCCAGCGGUACCUGUGCAGAAUCCUGCAUGAAGUGGGCUUGGAGCUCCGCAGCACGGCCGUAUGUAAGGGAGUGCGCCGCACUCGAGACGGACCCUUCACCCUACAACACGCCUUGACCCAUCAACACUGGACUUCCCCAGAUGUCAUACAGGCCAUCAGACAGUACUGCUCUUCCAGAAAGGCUAGCAAAGCCAAGCACACACAGCCAGGGAAGGAUACAGGAACAGCCAGUCAGAGACAGGAAAUGGCAGAAGAAGCAGCAGUCACAGGUGAUUCCCACCGGUUACACUCUGUAUUGACAUCAAAAGCAUUUGGCUCUUGAUGUCCUUGGAAUAGAUAUCCUUGAAAGCUACAUCAGCCUCAAAACAUACUGGUUUUAGUCAAUGAAGAUGUAGCCUCUGCCACAGGCUUUCACCUCACCUACGAGUGCGAAGCCUGGAGCCAAGGCUAAUGAAGAUGUGGCUGUUGGAAAGCUUUAUUUUUUAAAAUUUUUUCAUGUGCAAUGUCAGCUUUCAUUAUGCCAAUGUAAAAUGUAUGACCUGUUUGUCAGUCAGUGUCUGUUCUUUUAAAUUAAAAUAUACCAAAUUA